AUGGCAGCUGUCGCUACCCCUCGCGCUCCGACGCCGCGACCGAAAGCCCCCGCGACCGUCAGCUUCUUGAACGAUCCGGCCGCGGCCGCUCCUACACCUCUGGCCACCCCCGGCGCCGAACGAACCCGCCCUCCGCUACAGACCAAUCCUUCCGCUCGCCGAUCUGCUCGACCUACUCCUACAGACUAUCUCUCCGACAAAGCAACCGCCGCCUUCAUCCGCCGUGUCCUGUGCUCCAAGCACCUCGCCGAAAGGGGGAGGGCAACACCGUCCCCGAUCGAGGAACUACUGCCACCCCUGACCAGCCGAAACGAUGUCGAUCUUCAGCUAUACGCACUCAUAUCUGUGAUUCUGAGGGAAUACGUACAAGUGUGGUACAGCAAAAUCACACCCGAUGACACUUUUGUAGACGAAAUCGUCCAAAUAAUCGCCCAUUGUACAAGGGCCCUGGAGCAGAGAUUGCGAAAGGUCGACCUCGAGAGCCUUUUGUUUGACGAGCUUCCCGAUUUACUGGAUAGACAUAUCCUCGCCUACCGCGCGGCGCAUGAUCCGGUGUCUCGACCACCAACUGAAAUAGACCCACGAGAAAUCUAUCAUUCACUAUGCCCUUUGGCUCCUUUGACGCCCAUACCUCGCCCCGAAGACCCCUCGUCUGUUGCGAGACAGCAAGAGAACGAGACGCUUUAUCGUCAGCUGUUGGUACAGGGCGUCCUGGCUGUUCUCCUACCGACCGAAGACCUCGAAAACGAUUGCUUGACCUCUCUCGUUGGCCAAAUCUUCUCUGAGCUCAUCAUUGGCAACGUCCUCGCCAAUCGUCUUUCGCAACCAUGGCUCAUUUACGAAAUAUUUAUCAUCCUCACCAGAGUUCUCGACAGGAAAGCAUCAGAGCCUAUCGAAGAGGGAGUGGCGGAGGCGUUGCAGGCCGGGUCAACAUGCGCCCUCCCCAGGCCUGUUCGUCGCAGUUGGUCCAUUCAGGGCGCGUUCUGGUCGCUCGUACAAUGGUCAUUUCUCGCUUUCUCGACUGUCCGCUUCCUCGUCAUCACUCUCGCAAUGUCUUCAUCCCUGCCACCAAGGUUAGACGGCGAGCUGAAUGAAAAGGACCAAGUGACUGGUCAAAUAUCGCAUUCGAAGACGUUGAAUCCUCCAGCUAGCUCGAACGAAGGGCAGCCUGUCAAAACACCCAUUGCUGCCUUCAAGCUGUGGAGUUGCGUAGCAGAUUUGAUCGAAAUGGACUCUCGCAUGCCUUGGUUGAGUGGAAUCAUGUCACUUUUCCAGCUCGGGGCAAUGAGCGGCCCAGGACGUAUUGCUGGUCUCAAUGGAGCCAUGGACAGGUAG